CAGCAGUCGGCCCCUUCCUCCCGUCCUUCCCCACCUCUGCUCCCAGAUAAUCGGGAGCUGAGCCUUUGCGGGAGGAGGAUUUGAAAGCGCUGCGCGGAAGAGGCUUUGGCAGAGCCGCGAAGCGGGGAGGGGCGCCAGCUGCUGCCCGCGCAAGCGAAGCAGAGACGAUCCGGAUCCGAGUUGCGUGGCCUGUGCCCGACCGAGCUGUUGAUAAAAUGUUGACCAAGGUAAAAGAGGAGAACAUCGAUCAGGAAAGCCUCCUGGAGGGGGACGGAGCUCAGCAUGCUCCCCGCUUGAACGACGUUGUAGAACUAGAUAAAACAGUGAUGCCAGGGGAACAUAUACUAAAGAAGAAACAUACGUGUCCUGAUUGUGGGAAAAACUUUUGCCGCCGUUCUGACCUUGUUCGACACCAGAAACUCCAUUCAGGAGAUAGGCCCUAUACCUGCACUAAGUGUGGGAAAGGCUUUGUUCAGAGCACCCACCUCAUUGCACAUCAGAAAAGCCAUACAAGAGAGAAGCCCUACUUCUGUCCUCACUGUGGGAGGAGUUUCAACCAGAUCUUAAACUUCAAUAGACAUCAGAGAACCCACUCCAAGGAACCCCCUUUCAAAUGUUGCGACUGUGACAAAACCUUCAGCCGCAGCUCAAACCUCAUUAUGCACCAAAGGACACACACAGGGGAGCGGCCCUAUAAAUGUUUUGACUGUGGAAAUAGCUUCAGUAGGAGUUCAACUCUUGUUACACAUCAGAGAACCCACACUGGUGAGAAACCUUUUAAAUGCCAGGAUUGCUGGAAAAGCUUUGGGAGGCGCUCAACCCUUGUGAUGCACCAGAGAAUUCACACAGGGGAGAAGCCUUAUAAAUGCCCAGACUGCCCAGAAACGUUUUCUGUUAAAUCCGGCCUUCUAAGUCAUCAGAGAAUCCACAUGACAGAGAAACCCUAUCUGUGCCUGGAAUGUGGCAAAAACUUCUGUCGAAGUGCAGAUCUCAUUAUUCACCAGAGAAUUCACACAGGAGAAAAACCAUAUCAGUGCAAUGACUGUGGCAAGAAAUUCAAUACAAAUUCACACCUUGUUACACAUCAGAGGAUUCACACAGGAGAAAAACCAUAUAAAUGCCCCGAGUGUGGGAAAAGUUUCUCUUAUAGCUCAGUCCUUGUUGGCCACCAGAGAGUUCACACUGGAGAGAAACCUUAUGCAUGUCUCAAGUGUGGGAAAACCUUCCGUAACAAUUCACACCUUAUCACUCACCAGAGGGUGCACUCGGGAGAGAAACCUUAUGAAUGCCCUGAGUGUGGCAGAGGUUUUAGUGUAAGUUCCAAUCUUAGGAAACAUCGGAAACUCCAUGAAAAAGAGGCAUCUCUUAAAUGUUCUGAGUAGGAAAUGGUCAGUGAUACAGUUCUGAUGAGCUACCAGAAAAGUUCAUAAACCUGUGCCAGACUAUUUUGCGCCCUAGGUAAGGCAAGCUACUUGCACCCCCCCC